CCUCUAUUCCCGUUGGCACACCUUCAUAUGUAUGUAUAGCACUCAGAAUCAUUCGCCGUUAUCUGCCACAUCGCUACACUAAGAGGGGGAAGGAGAACUGCACGGCUCAGGUACAGAAGGGGACUGAGAAGGCUAAUGAGUAAAGCGGCAACAAUAGUUGAUAUUGGCACGGGGCCUGAUUUGUUGAUAAACCUGAAGUCGAUAUUGUAUUCAGCAAAGGGCUCAGCAUGAAACUAAAAAUGAAAUGGCCCCAACAGCUCUGAGCGUGGCGUAGACCCAUUCGAAGCACUCAGAAAGCAUUUCUGUCCCACAUAUUUAUCCCCCGUGUGCUCGGCAAUUUUAGAAAUGAUGCCAACAGUCCUCACCACAUCACUAGGACCCCAGGUCACCAAACUCUCACCAUGAGUCUCAUGAUACUAUGCACUUUCGUUCUUGCGCUUCUCGUCACGUCAAACGCGACAACGUGUUAUACCGCUGAAGGAUACGCAGUCGAGGACGACAAAUAUUUGCCAUGUAUUGCUAUUGACGGAGUCGAGUCAAUGUGUUGUCGGCUCAAUGACACGAUUCCCGAUACCUGCCUUUCCACUGGUCUUUGCUUUGCAAAUAGCUCAUUUGCCACUGGGUAUUGGAGGGAUUUUUGUACCGAUCAGACAUGGGAGAGCCCAAAUUGUUUAGCAAAGUCUAUUUGCAGUACUGCGGAAGGUGGAAAUUCAAAUGGAACGACUGCUGUCACACCCUGCGGGAAAGGUAAUAAAUACUGCUGCGGUAACGACGAGUCGUGCUGUGAUGGCGACGGCGGAUUUACCCUGAACGACACUCUCGUCACGAUCGGAGGGAUAGCUACGACCAUGGUUACGGCAACAGCCUCAACAGCCCCGGCUAAGAUGAAAUCAGGCUCGUCGGAUGCGUCCACAAAACUCGCAAUUGGCCUUGGUGUUGGAAUUCCGUUGGCUGUUUUAGCGGCCGCCAUGCUAGGCGCAGGAUUUCUCUGGGGAAGGAGAAAUGCGCUACACAAAGCUCCGCAAAACACAUCUUCCGACGGUACUGCUGGAACUUUGGUGAAGCCGAUAAUGCAGCCAGAGAGUUAUCAGGAUCAUCCUCAGGUCUAUCCUUAUGAGGCACCCGACUCUUCAUUACCACCCUCCGAGCUACCAGCAGGGAAAUAACUGGUAUUGUGUCUUACGGGUCAGCGCAUAUAGCAUAAAGUCUAUGCAGUGGGGCAUACUAGACCAUUACAUCCAUAUCUUGCGGGUGAUGGAUACUGGUGACUCUGGUUGAAAGCACAUGGACGACAAAAAAUGUCAGUCUCGACGCAGAUUAAUGAAAUAUGGCCGAAUGUACAGCUACGAUUCUUGUUGACACUUAUUUACUCAAGGGAAGCCGGGCCCCAAAUGGGCAGCAGAAGAGGUGUCUUCAUACAGUCUGAUACAAAUAAGCCACUUUGUUCUUGUGUGAAAUACAGUUUGUGUUGCCUAUCUAUGUAAUCUAUUUUUCAGCGAAGC